AUGUUAACAUCAACGACAUCCUCUACGCCAGUAACGAGCUCAACAUCAAACGCAAACUCGAAUGAAGGUCUCACUGGCUCCCAAAUAGGAGGAAUAAUAGGCGGCGUGAUCGGAGCAGUCUUCAUUCUUGCCCUGACCGCGCUCAUCCUCUUCUUCCGGCAACGACGUCAAAAACGGCUCCCAGAAACAGCAGCUCCUCCGAGCCCUAAACCUGAUGUUGAGAACGAUGCUGAUAAACGCGAUACCGCUACAAUUACAACAUCCGCCACGGGCGCCGAAGAGGAUAAAAACCUCCACAUGUUAGGCGGGCAUAUGAGACAGGAGAUGGAUGCGCAAGGGGGGUGUGUUCGACACGAGAUGGAAGGCGUGAAUCGGGGAUAUGCUGCUGGCGGAUAUAUACCGGUUGAUGAGAAGGAGUUGUUGAAGAGGGGAGGAGUCCCGGAGUUGGAGGGGAAUAUUGGGGCUGUCGCUGAAUUGGAUGGAGGGUCGAUAACUCCGUCAGGGAACGCAGAUGUGAAGAUUUAA